CCAAAUUUGUCGCUUUCUAAUUCCAUAAAGGAGAGGUUUUGGUGUUGGUUGCAUCCUGAUUUCACCCGACGGAGGAGAGGAUUUUGGGGAAGCUGCAUUUUCCGACGGGAUGAAGAGCCGAACAAAGCUUAAGAAACGGCAGAUUGUUAAAGAAAGAGACUGCGAAGAUUGGUGUUUCGUCUGCAAAGACGGUGGAGACCUAAUUCUCUGCGAUUUCAAUGAUUGUUUGAAGGUUUAUCAUCCAGGGUGUGUGGGAAAGGAUGAUUCCAUUGGAGAACAUUGGACUUGUGAUCGGCAUUCUUGUUUGAUGUGUCAUAAAUCCCCCAAAUUCUAUUGCUACUGCUGUCCUAAUGCUGUAUGUGGACAAUGCCUCAUUGCUGCUGAGUUUGCACCUGUUAGAGGGAAGAAAGGGCUAUGCGACGAGUGUUUGGAGCUUGUAUUGCUUGUUGAAGAUAAAGAGGAUUUGGACAUUGAUGGGGGCAAGAUAGACUUAAAAGAUCGAAACACAUAUGAAUGCCUGUUCUUGGAAUAUUGGGAUAUCAUAAAAGAAGAUGAAGGCUUGAAUUUGGAGGAUGUCUAUUCAGCAGAUGCCAGGUUGAAGAAGGGUCAGCUCUCCAAGUGUAGCUCCAAGCCAAAAAUGAUUGGCAAGGGAAAAAAAGAUACUACAGUGAUAUUGUCUGAUAGUGAGCUCGAUGAUACUGAAGAAUUUGAAAGAAUUGUAAAAGGCAAGGGGUCCAGGAAAAUGGAAUUUAUGGGUUGGGGGUCGAAGCCUCUUAUUGAGUUUCUUGGAUCUAUUGGUAAAGAUACGAAAAAAGAGUUAUCGCGAUAUGAUGUUCAUUCAAUUAUUUGUGAAUAUAUUCAAGAAAAAAGACUUUUGGAUCCCAGAAAAAGGAAGAGGAUCCUGUGUGAUGAAAGGCUUUAUUCGGUUUUUAGGAGGAGAUCUAUGAAUAAGAACAAACUGUAUAAUCUUCUAGAAGCUCAUUUUGUUGUGAACUUAGACCUAUCAGAUGAUGAUGAUGAAAAAUUGGAUAAAGCUGAGAUCUGUGCCCUUGGAAAAAAUGAAAAGACCUUCACAAUUCACAAGAAGCAGAAAACCAUUAGUUCUAAUGGAAAAUUGCAAGGGUUGGAAAUAGAUCCAAGAGUCCAAGAAAGCUGUUUUGCGUCUAUUGUUUCAGAGAAUAUCAGACUUGUCUAUUUAAGAAAAAGUUUAGUGCAGGAGUUGUUAAAAGAUCCUCAGAGUUUUGAACAAAAGGUAGUAGGAAGUUUUGUGAGAGUAAAAAAUGACCGAAGAGACUGCUGGUUGAGAAAUUCUCACCAGCUUUUGCAAGUAACAGGGAUUAAGCAAAUCUCAACAACUAGUGAAAAUGAUGGUGAUAUUGUUCUAAGGGUUUCCAAUUUUCCAACAGAUGUUUUCAUUUCCAUGUUGUCAGAUUCCGACUUUUGUGAGGAAGAGAUUGAUGAUUUGAAACAAAAAGUGGAGAAGGAAUUCCUCCCAAAGCCAACAGUUGUGGAGCUUGAACAAAAGGCUAAAUAUCUACACGAGUAUAUAAUGAAAGAUUGGAUUCAGAAAGAGCUGAUCAGAUUACAAAAGCGCAUUGACUUUGCUAAUGAGAAGGGAUGGAGGAGAGAAUUGGAUGAAUAUUUACAACUGCUGGAACAUCUCAAGAAACCAUCUGAGCAGGAACGAUUAAUGAAACAGUCACCAAAGGUUAAAGCAGAGCUUGUCCAGUGCAAAACUUGUUCAGUUGAAGUUGUGGAAAGUUCUCCAGACCACGAUGAAACAUCAGUGAAUCCUUGUGGAGACUUGGAUCACUAGUACAAAACCUGUAAGAUGAUGAUGGGACUUCUUGUGAGAGAACAAAAUGCUUAAGCAAUUCCUGCAUUUUUGUUUAUCUUUAGAAUGAAUGUUUUUGCAGCACAUGUUUUUGAUGUUUGUUCUCAUAUUUAUUAGUAACUGUCUUUGCUGGAACAUAAAUUAUAUAAUCGUUGCAGUUGUUUUC